GAACACCUGGGUUCAAACCAUGUACAUUGCUGAUGAUGUCAUCGAUGUCAAUGAAACCCAGUAUGGCAGAUACGACGUGAGCCUGAUGUUCUACAACUCCUCAUCUUUCCAGUGGCCAGUGCAUGACUUCCCAUACUAUGUUGACAUGGAUCAGAAAUUGUAUCUCCAAGCUUCUCUUCACAGCUCUGACCGAAAUCUGACGUUGUUUGUGGACACAUGUGUGGCAUCGCCUAAUUCUAGUGAUUUUAGAACACUGGUCUAUGAAUUGACCAAAAGUGGGUGUGCUGUUGAUUCCACCUACUCUCUUUACCCCCCGCCACGCAGCGAUGUCGCUCGGUUUGGGUUUAACGCUUUCUCCUUCGUGGAGCGAUUCCCGUCGGUUUUCCUGCGGUGUGAGCUGCUGGUCUGCAGGUACCAGGACUACUACUCCCGCUGCUACCAGGGCUGUGUCAGGAGGUUCAAGAGGAGUGCAGAUUCUUCCCAUAAACAAAUGAAUGUUGUUAUUGGACCUGUGCAGCUUCGGGAAGCUCAUGCUGAGAACAGGAACGUUGGUCGGUAUGUCCAGCUGGUGAACGGAAGGCACCCAUGCGAAGGUCGCGUUGAGAUCUAUUACAGAGGACGGUCGGGGACGGUUUGUGAUGACUUCUGGGACCUCGCAGACGCCCAGGUUGUGUGCAGGCAGCUGGGGUGUGGCAAGGCCAUUGCAGCUCUGGGAAGUGCCUACUUUGGGCAGGGCUCAGGUGACAUCGUGCUGGACAACGUGAGGUGCAGAGGAGAUGAGGUGUCCUUGCUGCACUGCAAUCACACCGGAUGGAGGAUCCACAACUGUGCCCACUAUGAAGAUGCUUCUGUUGUCUGUUCAGAAGACUUUGAUCCAACACCAACAGAGCCAAUAUCAACAGAUACAACUGCACUGGAGACAGCCUUCAUAGACGAGACAACACUCCCAGAAUCAAUGAUAUUUCUAGAAGGGGCAUCAAUGUCAGCAUCAACAGAUACAAGAGCCUCAACACUGGGAACAACCUCCUCAAGGCCAGAAUCAACGAUAUUUCUGCAAGGGACAUCAAUGUCAGCAUCAACAGACACAAGAGCCUCAACACUGGAGACAACCUCCAUUGAAGGGACAACAAGGCCAGAACCAACAUCUCUGGGAGAGACAACGAUGUCAGCAUCAACAGUGCUCACAGAGGAGACGACAUCCACACUGCAGUCGCCCACCACGGUGCCAUCAUCCCCCAGAGCAGACACAUCCUCCCUAGCAGAGACGGCCACCACAGCACCAAUGACGACCCCAGCUAGCACAUCACUGAUGACCUCCCCAGGAGAGAUGUCCACUUCACCAGAGAUGGCAGCAUCAUCUACUGCCCUGCCACUGUUGUACAUGCUGUCUGAUAUGACCACCACAGAGAGACUGGACACCACAACAGAGGACAGCAAAGCAGCAGGAACAUCCAGCCCACCACAUCUGACCAGCACUAGCACGCCAGAAGUGUCCACUUCAGCAGAGAUGACCACCACAGCACUAUCCAGUGCCUCGACAGAGGAGUCCACCUCAGCAGUGAUGUCCACCUCAGCAGAGAUGACCAUAUCCACAAAGAUGGAAACAUUACCAUUGAUGACCACCUCAAAGGAAACAACUAUGACAGCAGAGGGAAGCACACCAGCUUCAGCACCUACCGGAUCCAGGCCAUAUUCCACAGGGGCCGGCGUGCGGCUGCGGGGCGGCAGGAACGGCUGCGAGGGCCGCGUGGAGCUGUACGACGGCAGCACGUGGGGGACGGUGUGUGACGACCAGUGGGACCUGCGGGAUGCCCAGGUGCUGUGCCGCCAGCUGGGCUGUGGCCAGCCCGUGGCUGCGCUGGACACUGCCCACUUUGGCCCGGGCUCCGGCCGCAUCUUCCUGGACGACGUGCAGUGCCGCGGGGACGAGCCCUCGCUGCAGAUGUGCCGGCACAACGGCUGGGGCGUGCACAACUGCAGGCACAUGGAGGAUGCCAGUGUCAUCUGUGCAGCUGCCAAUCCAACCCCUCCUGCUCAAUGGCCGUACACAACAGGGGCCGGCGUGCGGCUGCGGGGCGGCAGGAACGGCUGCGAGGGCCGCGUGGAGCUGUACGACGGCAGCACGUGGGGGACGGUGUGUGACGACCAGUGGGACCUGCGGGAUGCCCAGGUGCUGUGCCGCCAGCUGGGCUGUGGCCAGCCCGUGGACGCCCCACGAAACGCUCGCUUUGGCCCGGGCUCCGGCCGCAUCUUCCUGGACGACGUGCAGUGCCGCGGGGACGAGCCCUCGCUGCAGAUGUGCCGGCACAACGGCUGGGGCAUGCACAACUGCGGCCAUGUGGAGGAUGCCAGUGUCAUCUGUGCAGCCGCCAAUCCAAUCUCUCCUACUCAAUGGCCACUCACAACAGGGGCCGGCGUGCGGCUGCGGGGCGGCAGGAACGGCUGCGAGGGCCGCGUGGAGCUGUACGACGGCAGCACGUGGGGGACGGUGUGUGACGACCAGUGGGACCUGCGGGAUGCCCAGGUGCUGUGCCGCCAGCUGGGCUGUGGCCAGCCCGUGGACGCCCCACGAAACGCUCGCUUUGGCCCGGGCUCCGGCCGCAUCUUCCUGGACGACGUGCAGUGCCGCGGGGACGAGCCCUCGCUGCAGAUGUGCCGGCACAACGGCUGGGGCGUGCACAACUGCGGCCAUGUGGAGGAUGCCAGUGUCAUCUGUGCAGCUGCCAAUCCAACCCCUCCUGCUCAAUGGCCGUACACAACAGGGGCCGGCGUGCGGCUGCGGGGCGGCAGGAACGGCUGCGAGGGCCGCGUGGAGCUGUACGACGGCAGCACGUGGGGGACGGUGUGUGACGACCAGUGGGACCUGCGGGAUGCCCAGGUGCUGUGCCGCCAGCUGGGCUGUGGCCAGCCCGUGGACGCCCCACGAAACGCUCGCUUUGGCCCGGGCUCCGGCCGCAUCUUCCUGGACGACGUGCAGUGCCGCGGGGACGAGCCCUCGCUGCAGAUGUGCCGGCACAACGGCUGGGGCGUGCACAACUGCGGCCAUGUGGAGGAUGCCAGUGUCAUCUGUGCAGUGGCAGAGCCAACACCUCCAGCUCAGGGUCCAUUCACAAGUGGGGCCGGCGUGCGGCUGCGGGGCGGCAGGAACGGCUGCGAGGGCCGCGUGGAGCUGUACGACGGCAGCACGUGGGGGACGGUGUGUGACGACCAGUGGGACCUGCGGGAUGCCCAGGUGCUGUGCCGCCAGCUGGGCUGUGGCCAGCCCGUGGCUGCGCUGGACACUGCCCACUUUGGCCCGGGCUCCGGCCGCAUCUUCCUGGACGACGUGCAGUGCCGCGGGGACGAGCCCUCGCUGCAGAUGUGCCGGCACAACGGCUGGGGCGUGCACAACUGCAGGCACAUGGAGGAUGCCAGUGUCAUCUGUGCAGCCACCCAGCCAACCCCUCCUCCUCAAUGGCCACUCACAACAGGGGCCGGCGUGCGGCUGCGGGGCGGCAGGAACGGCUGCGAGGGCCAGCUGGAGCUGUACGACGGCAGCACGUGGGGGACGGUGUGUGACGACCAGUGGGACCUGCGGGAUGCCCAGGUGCUGUGCCGCCAGCUGGGCUGUGGCCAGCCCGUGGACGCCCCACGAAACGCUCGCUUUGGCCCGGGCUCCGGCCGCAUCUUCCUGGACGACGUGCAGUGCCGCGGGGACGAGCCCUCGCUGCAGAUGUGCCGGCACAACGGCUGGGGCGUGCACAACUGCGACCAUGUGGAGGAUGCCAGUGUCAUCUGUGCAGAGAUAUCCAACCCACCAGAGAUGAGCACCACAGCAGCAGCCCCUGCCACAACCAAGGUGUCCACCCCAGCACUGCUGACCACCACCACCACAACAGCUCCCACAGCAGAGAGCAGCACACCAGCACCUUAUCUUUGUGGUGGCUCAGUCUCAGAUUCCUCUGGGGUCCUGCAGAGUCCCAACUAUCCUGGAAGUUAUCCAAACGACGCUGACUGCGUGUGGGAAAUACAAGUAGAGAACAAUUUCCGUGUAACGCUCACAUUUAGAGAUAUUGCGAUGCAAAGCGGGAUGUGCCAGCAUGACUAUGUUGAAGUCUAUGAUGGACCUCUCCACUCUUCCCCUCUUCUUGGGAGAUUCUGUUCUGGUUCCUUUCCCACAUACGUGUCCUCUUCAAACAUGAUGAGUGUUCGCUUCCACAGCGACUCCAGAUACUCCUUCAGAGGGUUUCAGGCUCACUACUCCUCCAUUCCAGCUGGUCACAACACCACCAUCCAGUGCUUGCCAGACUACAUGCACGUAGUGGUCAGCAGACGCUACCUCCAGUCUCAGGGCUACUCGGCACAGAGGGUCACCCUGAGCGACAAUCGCUGCAGACCGACCGUCACCCCACGGGAGGUUGUAUUCAACAUUCCCUACAGCGGCUGUGGCACAAUGCAAGAGGAGAACAACGAGACGAUCAACUACUCCAACACCAUCAGGGUUGCGUCUUCCGGGUACUUAAUCAAGAGGAAAAAGAACAUCAACUUGCACGUCACCUGCAAGAUGCUGAGGAAGAGCUGGCAGCAGGUGAUGUACGCUGCUGAGGACACCGUGGAGGUGAACGAGUUCCAGUUUGGAAGAUACGACAUGAACAUCACCUUCUACGACUCCCCGGCGUUCCAGCAGCAAGUGCGCAGCUCUCCCUACUACAUCGACCUCAACCAAAACCUGUACCUGCAGGCUUGUCUUCACAGCUCAGACCCAAACCUGAAGGUGGUUGUGGACACGUGUGUGGCAUCACCCGACCCUCGUGAUUUUAACACGCUGGCCUAUUACUUAGUCAGGAAUGGGUGUCCUAGAGAUUCUUCCUACACCACCUACUACUCCCCUUCCAGCCACUUUGCUCGGUUCAAAUUUAAUGCCUUUGAGUUCAUGAGCCGGCACCCGUCAGUGUACCUGAAGUGCCAGAUGCUGGUCUGCAGGCUCGGGGACUUCUCCUCCCACUGCUACCGGGGCUGCAGCUCCAGGGCCAAGAGAGACACCAGCUCUGCUGAGGAAGAAGUGGAUGUGGUGGUUGGACCCCUUCAGCUCCGAGGAGGGGAUGCUCAGAGUGAAUAAAUUCGGAAAAAGCAGGGAAGCAGAAUAAAUUUCUCUCAUAUUUGCUCUAGGAUGACCAAGAGGCUUCAAGAAAAGCCACAGCUCUGUCGCCUGUCACUGAAAUCUGCUUUUGCCAACUUUGCCAUAAAAAGGAAGGGACCAUCACCUUGCAAGCUUCUACUUCACUGUAAUCCAUUUUAGUGCUAUAACUCUUUGAAUUGUGCUAAUUAGCUCCAGUCUGGUUGUGAAUUUGAUGGCACUUGGGGAUCUGGUUUAUUGGUGGACUUGUUGUGUUAGUUUAAUGUUUGGACUCGAUAACC